GACCUGGGCUAGCAAUUAGGCUGCGUUUCCGGUGCGCGUGUGUCGGUGUGGAGUGUAAACACUGCCGGUUUGGUCAUGUCUGCUCUACCGGAGGAGCGGGCGCGCGUGCUGGCGGUGGUGCGCGCGCUUAAGGCCGUCGGGGUGCGCGUGAGGAACUGGAAGAGCUUCCUGUACGGAGAGAGAACACCGGGGCAGGAGACGCAGCAGCAGGUGUUUGCGUUCGGACGAGAGCUGCAGCUCCUCCCCCAGUGUCACGUGAAGGAAGUGGACGGCUCCGUGCCUCUGUUCUUGGUGGAGGCGUGUGAGUAUCUGUCUCAGCACAUGCACACUGAGGGGCUCUUCAGGAAGACGGGCUCUUUGGGCCGCAUCCGAGCUCUGAGGUCAGACCUGGAGAAGGGUGAGCGGAUGUUCUCGCCUCCCCAUGAUGCUUUGCUUCAGCCGUGUGACGUGGCGUCUGUGAUGAAGCAGUUUCUGCGUGAGCUUCCCGAGCCGCUGAUCUCGGGUGACCUGCAGAUGGCGCUGUGUCACGCCCAGACACUGGAGGCGAAAGCUAGCGAGAGAGCCACGCUGCUCCUCAUGUCCCUGCUCCCUCCGAGCCACGCCCACACCCUGCGCUACGUCUGCAGCUUCCUCAGGCGUGUCGCACUCAGGUGUGAUGAAAAUAGGAUGGAGGUGAGCAGUUUAGCGCUGGUCAUGGCUCCGAACCUGCUGCCGUGUUUACCCCAGAUGUGUCGCCUCACCCUCCUCACGGAGAAACAGCUGGAGCAGCAGGCGGCGGCCAUCAGGACUCUGAUCUUACAUGCCGAGCACGUCGGAGUCAUGCCCCUGAGCGUACCGGACACACCGGGCACGGUGGAGGCGAGCGAGUCCACACCGCCACUAGAGGGCGCUUUACUGAACAAGCGGGCCAGACUCAGUGUGUACAGCAGCCUGUGCAGACAGAGGAGGAGGAGCGUCGGAGAGUUAUUUGUGGAUGCUUUGUCUAAGCUGAAGGCCAGUCGGACGCCCACCGCUCUCCCAGACACCUCACCAGCAGGACCUCCACUGUCCAAAAGUCCCACGCCUCAGUCUCCGAACACGGUGAAGCGCAAAGCGUCGGAGGACGGCGCGGUCGAGCUGAGCGGAUCCGCCAGGAAGAGGCCUUCGCUGCACGACCUGCGAGCCGACACGCCCUCCAUCAGCAGCCAGUCCGCAGACGAAUCGACAGGUCCGAGUCCUCAGGAGGUGACGAGAGGCGAUGAUUCCCACCGCAGUGUUUCAGAGAGGAGGACUCGAGCGCAGAGAAAGACACAUCGAGCGGUGAAGCAGGAGGGCCGAGUGCGGCGCAGGAGGAGAUCUCUACGCUUCUUCUCCAUGUCGAGCAGCAGCGGCGGCAGUCCUGUACACACACACACACACACAGUUCUCACCGAGACUCCGCGAGGUGCCGGUGAAAAGGGUUCGAGCUUCAGAACGCUCAGUAAAAGGACUCUGUCGAACUCGGGCAGUGACUCGUCCCUGAAGAUCCCCUUAAUACUGAUCGAGGAGCCGGGACGAGUUGUAAUCGGGAGUGAAGUGGAGGACGAUCCUGAGCUUCUCAACUGCAGUUUCGUGGAGAAUCCUGACGACGCAGCCGGUCCAGAACGCCAGCAGCCGCAGGAGAGCGAGGACGCGCACGCUGACGAAGGCUGGGUUUUACUGGAUGACGGUCGUCCUGAAGUCAUUGUGGAAUAUGACGUGACUCAGCAGGACAGCGAGAGACAGGAAGGCCACAGUCCAGAGGCAGGAGACGGAGUUAAGAUGGAGGAGCAGGAAACGGAGACGCUUUCCAAAUCCCAAAAGAGAAAAAGCAGUUGUAAGAAGCGUUCCGGACCGAGGCGCUCCAUCAGCAUGCCCGAGGUGGCUUUAGAUCCACAUCCAGACGAGGUGGACCGAGUUCGGCCCGAGGCUGUAACGAGCGAGGACGUGUUUAAUGAUGACAUGUGGACCGCGUCAGUCAGUCUGCCUCUUAAGAAGUCUGGAGGAAAAGGAAAAGAAGGACGAGAGCUGAGAAGGAGAUACGGCACGCUUCACGAGCGGAAGAAGGAGAAAGGUUCUGAUUCAGAUCUAAAGAAGGCGGGGCAUCGGCUCUCGAUGGCCGAGAGGUUCAGGAGCUUCGGCGUUCUAGCUUCGUUCCUCCGAACACCUGCGGUGCGUCUGCGCAGACAGGGAGCGAGAAGGUUCAGCCGCUCGUUCAGCGAUGAAGCCGUUCAGGAGGAACAGCAGGCCUUCCUGGAGCUCAACGAUGAUUUAACGGACUCGGAGGAACCCAACGAGGAGCUGCUUCCGGAUCUGUCCCCAGUUCCAUCCACUCCUUUAGAAGAGACUUUGAUUGCAUUGUCUCAGAAAUCAGUAGAGGAAGAGUGUGUGACGUCAGAGACACCGAAAGUGGAAGACUUUGACUUGGACAAGAUGUUCGAGCAGCAGUGUUGCGUCACAGGACGUCAGCAUGAGGAAGACUCCGACUCCUACUGGGACCGACGCUUUGAUGAAUCUUCACCGUCCACUGACCAGUGGAGGGCGUCGUUUGGUUCUCCUACAGACUCGUGCGCUUUCACAGCUUCGGAAACCGAGCCGCUGUCUCCGCGGUACGGGGCGUCGCCGUGUAAACCCUUCAGCUGCCUGGCGUUCGACGGCGUGUUCUCCAUCAGCAGCGUGACUGACAGGUGUUCCCUCUCCCUCGAGCUCUCGCCUCCGUCCUUCCAGUUCAGGCCUCAGGGCUCCAGGAGGCGCUAUAGAGACUCCCCACGCUGGCCCUCUCACGAAGUGCGCAUGACCACGUGGAAACCGUUACCCCUCUAACUCCUCCCACUCUCCCUCUGCACACGCCCACUCUCUGUUCUGUGUAUUUAUAGACAGGAAGCACACACACACACACACACACACACACACACACACGUUCUAUGUUUAUAUAUCUGUGUGCCUUUUAUUUAACUGUUUCCUCAAUCAAUGUGAAAUUUUUGUUCUUAAUAAAAAUUGUUCUGUUUAUUUGUUUAUGAAUGUUAUUAAAAGUGAAGUUUAACAA